UGUCGGCUAAUUGCAGGCAGUCCCCUUUAUCGCGAAAAACGAGUGAAAUUGAAAAGCCGUUCGUUCCAUUUGCAAGGCAAAUAUGCGAAGCCCCCGGAUCUCCGGACGGUUUUUUCUUUCACCUUGCGGUGGACAACAUCGCAACAUGCUGUCGAACAUUUCCGCCGGACUGUUUCCGUUAUGCAACGCCGUUGCAAGGACAACAACAGGUGGAUGUGUGGAAGUGUGUGAGAAAGGAUGGCGAAUCUGAAACCCUGGCCACUGUUUACGUCGACCAAACUUUUUGUCAGCUGUCAUCGGGGCAGACAUAUGUACAAAAGGAAAACGAGAGUUUUCUCUUUAUUCUGAUUCCAACAAGUCGCCAGCACCAAGAAUGACAGCUGCAACGUAUUGCACUGGAUGUGUGGCAGACAAAAAAAAAAAAAAAAAAAAGUACUUCAACACACAUGUAAUGUAUUGUGCUCGAAAGGCCCCGGCGAGAUUCGAACUCACGAUCUCCUGUUUACUAGACAGGCGCUUUAACCAACUAAGCCACGGCGCCACUUGCGGUACACCCGAAAAUUUCGAAACUUCUGUGGGGAAUGUACCAAAGAUGCCUGGGGUACUUUUGCGGCAGAAGGCAUCUGACUAUAAAAGCGAACUUGCAGUCAUUCAAACUAAGAAAAACAGUCAAAGUAAGAAGAUUAAAAGAAAAAAAAAGAAAAUGGAUUGUCAGGCCACAGGAAACCCAAAGACCGGAGAGGCGAUCGCCCGAUGUGGAGUGAGUGUGGGAGACGAUCUGAACAAUGCUCGAGCUGGCGUAUUCGCUUCCACUCCGGGCGCUGGAGGACCCGUCACCAAGGGAGUUUACGGAGCGGUCAACGCCAAUGGCCAUAGUUUAUCGCUGCAACAUGGUCACAUCGAGGGCGUGGGCAGCACCACCACCGCCGCUGCUCAGGCCAAUCUCCUACAGAGCCAGAGCACUUCACUCAAUGCCACUGGCUUCCACAGUCACAGCAGAUCCCAUGAUCAGUUCGGAGGCGGGCUUAAUAUGCAGACGGCAGCGGGUCACCAAGCGGCACUGGGGGUCACCAGGGUUCCUCAGUUCGAUGUGACCACCAUUCAGACUUCUGGCAAGGCCAACCUGUACACUUCCCCAAGUGGCAACCUCAACCUAAAUGCCACCGGGACUGCAAACCAUCAUCUGAGGGGACCGAUGCGUGGCAAGACCGAUUUUGGAACCGGACUUAACUUGCGAUAUGAUUUCUAAUUUAUUUGGAGUGGAUUUGGGUUUCGGAUGGCUCUACAUGCCACCUCGCAAGAUCGAUGCAAACGCCAGAUCGUCGUCCUCUAUCCAAAUGUAAACCCCUUCGACGAUCUGAACAGCGAGUUAAGAGCCUACAUGUUGUUUAAUACUUAUUUAGAAAAGAGCAAUCCAAACUUCUGGAACAAGCUAAACUUCCUAGAAGUUAACAUUUCAGUAGAAUCCUUAUACUCAAUAAAAAGGUUUUCUAUGCUGCACUAUUU